AUGUCUGACGAUGAUAUGGUUGAUAAUGAUGAUUAUGAUAAUGAUUAUGACAAUGAAAAUGAAAAUGAAGAGCCUGAUAAUGAUUUAGAAAAUCAAUAUUAUUAUUCUGAAGCAUUAAAUGAAGAUGAUCCAGAUGCUGCUCUUGAAAGUUUUAAAAAUGUUCUUGCAUUAGAAAAACGACUUGGUACAAAAGGUGAUUGGGGUUUUAAAUCACUUGAACAAAUAGUAAAAAUUUAUUUGAAAAAGAAAAAUUUUAAUCUUAUGUUAACAAAUUAUAUAGAAUUGUAA